AUUUUUAUCUGUUACAAGAAAUUGCAGCAAUUGAAAGCUAUUCGUUAAUUGUCGCUCGUUCUAAGCAGUUACAUAACAAAUCUAAGCGAAAUGGCUCUACCCGAUGGACUCUCUAAUAAAAUGAAGGUUUUCCAGGCUGUCAACGAUCUACCAGUUUUUCUGAAGGGCGGCCCAGUAGAUAAGGUUUUGUUUGGCAUAACAGCCGGAUUGUGCGGCGUUGGCGUCCUAAGCUUUGUCCACUUGGUCUACACUAUGGGAUUCUCCAAAAAGAAGGCCUAAAUUAAGAAUCAGAUGUUGUUUUGAUUAAAGCGAAACUAAUAUAAACUAA